AACAUAUAAUUUGAAAUCGUUUAUUGGUUUAUUGAAGUGAUUUAAGAACUCUAUUUUUUAUUAUUUACAACCUGUGCACGAAGUGUUAGAAAAAAUAUUAUUUAACGAUGUUUGUUAAUAAAAUGAGUUGCUCUACUAUAUUACUUGUAGUGUCUGCUUUGCUUCCUGCGAUAUCCGGGUCGGCAAUUCCUAUGUGGGAGUAUCUUAGCCGAGGAGAAAAGAUGUCACAUUUGUAUGCAAUUUUUACAAAACAAGUAGACGAAUACUGUAUCAACUUAGACAGUUUAUGCAGAAAGAAUAUGUUGUCUCAUGGUCUAAAUGUACUACAUUCGCUGAACGAUGAUAUAUUGGACGACUUGGAUCCUUAUCAACGUGGUGCUUCCGAAUUAAUUUGGGCUAAGAUGGUCUACGGGGAAAAUCAGGAAACUGAUAGAGAUCGCAGUACUCAACCUCCAUCCAUAGCAAUAAUCGCAGCAAAUUCCUACGGUCCUAAUCCUUUAUUCAAAGAUGUGGAUGUAGAUUACAGCGCUGUCAAAACAGGUUUUGAGGAUGUUUUCGGAAACUCCUUAAACAAUAACAACCAAGGCAGACGUGAUCAAAUUGACGACAUGGAAGAAUCAUCUUCUGCUCUUGAAGAAAGCUUUGCUGUUCAUUCUGGUUUUAAUAGUGCCUCUUUAGACCGAAAUUUUUUGAAAUCACCAAUAGGACCGAUGGUUGUGCGAGUCAGGCCUGACGGGUCACCGGUUCCGGAAGAUUUGAAUCGGACUCUUCCGGUUGAUGAAGAUAAGGAGGAAUUCCGCAUGACCAGACAAAGACUGCCCACACUCGAACAAAUCGCAUCUCUCUUCCGUACGCCGCGACCUUCCUACUAGAUAACAUUGUGCGACGUUCAAUUUAAACAUGAUUGUUAAACUAAAUGCAUAUAGAAAAUUGCAAGAUAUUCAGAGAAUGUACAUGUGUGAUUUAUGGGAGUGCUAUGAAUGGCCAGGAAUAUACAAUCAAAUCGUCAUGACGGCUUGAUAAUCUACUUCUUGCAAAUGUGAAUAUGCCGUCUUCUAGUACCUGCCACUAAUGGUCGUAUGUGCGCGUUUUAUUGGAUUACCUUAUUGGUUCUGUAAUUAUUUCAACUGGGUUAUUAAACAAAAAUUAAAUAAUUUUAAUAUUUUUGCAUCAGAUGAAUCAGAUCAAACCAUAAUGCAAUUUCCUAUAUUGGUUGAGACAAAGUAGAGUCUAAGUAUUAGAAUGUUCGUUGAUUUUUUUGUUGACUAUGAAAUUAGAUAAUAUAAAACGCGAGCGUUUUUAAUUUCUUAUUAUUCGCGACUUUUUGAU